AUGUAUAGUGGAUGCAAGUUUUCAGCAGAGGAAGAGAGGGUGGCCAUAGAAUUACAGGCACAAUUUGGGAACAAGUGGGCGAAAAUUGCAACAUAUUUGCCCGGAAGAACAGAUAAUGAUGUGAAGAACUUCUGGAGUACUAGACGGAAAAGGCUGGAGAGGAUUUUGAAAACUCCAUCACCAAACUUACAGAAAAAGAACAAAGGCAAAGAUCUUGUUUUCCAUGAACUGCCACUUCUAGAGGUGCCAGUUUACGGUUCCACUUUGAUAGAGGAAGAGUCAUUGUCUUACAAGAAUUACAAGAAUCAGUACCAAUAUUCUUAUCCAGAAAACUCUCAAGAGUACAAGAUAUUGGAAAUGCCAAAUUUGGUGAGGCCUAACCCAAAAAUUCUCGGAGCAAACCUUGCUAUACACGAGGCCACACCCAUUGACAUGGCAGGAUCCCUUGCCUCCUCUUCAGAGGACCCUUUCUCUCAGCUAUCUCAAUCCCAAGUAGACCUCUCACUCAUCCCAGAAUGCCGGGAGUUCACCCUAGAGCCCUGUGAUCCCAACUUCUUGGGUAUGUUCAGGCAAUCAGAAACUUCAGGAACCGAAAGCGGCCUGAAAUUCACUGCCACAAUGCCGACUUUGGAAUUAACAAGCAAUGCCCAGAAUGGGUAUCAGCAAGAAGGAAAUGAAAACCCUCCAAGCCCUGACAUAUUCUUCGAUGACAUGUUUGAUUGCCUUGAACCCCUGCCAAACUCUGAUUGAGUUGUGAAUCAUUGACGCUUGGAGCUCUUUUCAAAUGGAGCUGGGUGUGUUACAUUCCAACAGUUUCAAGUUCAUCUUUAUUACUGCCAA